UUUGAUGCCUCUGUUCAAAAGAAAAAAAAAAGAAGGAAAGUUACGUGCAGCCCAGUUGUGAGGGCAAAAGCGUAACGUCAAGUAUCCCGCCUCUGAACGCAUUUCAAAAUUUGAGCACCCUGCUUCCCUAAUCAAUGAGGCAAGACACUAAGCCCUAAUCUUUCGUAGCCUUUCCAAGGCAACAAACACGAAACCCUUUCUCAUUUCUCUCUCCAGAAUCUGUCAUCUGGGUUUUAUUGAAGUGUCAUUUUCUCAGAAGGAAGCUCAUCUGGAUAAAAAUGACGGAAUCAAGAGAUAGACUGUCAAGGGCAGUAGACAUAGCAGCAAUCUUUGCUGCGAGGAGACAAUCAAGGAAUCUUGGUAUCUAUCAAGACCGGCCAGAGCUUGACAUGGCGCUGUUUGGUUCUCCUAGAACAAACACAGCAAUAAGAAAUCAAACAGUGGGCGUGGGUACCAUUACUGGGCACGGAAGAGGUAGAUUGGGCACUCCAAGGAGUCGAGGAGGCCGGACUCCAUUGGACAGAGAAAAUAUGCCUCCCCCUGGGAGUGCCCGGAGAAGAAGGGGUCGUGGAUCAAAUAGCGUGUUACCUUCCUGGUACCCCAGAACCCCUCUUCGUGAUAUCACUGCUGUUGUGAGGGCAAUUGAAAGAAGGGGACGCUUGGGACGAAGUGAUGGUCGAGAAAUCGGGAGCCCAAUGCCACAAGGCCGAAUGGAUCCUGAAUUUUCUGAGGCAACACCAGUUGCUCAUCUGGAGCCCAGUAACAGGAUUAUGUCCCCCAAACCAACUCCUGCAUUCAAGGGCUGUCCUUCCACCAUUGGUAAAGUGCCAAAAAUUUUACAGCAUAUCACAAACCAAGCCUCUGGAGAUCCAGAAUCUCUAACACCUCAGAAGAAACUCCUAAACUCAAUUGACACGGUUGAGAAGGUAGUGAUGGAGGAGUUGCAAAAACUGAAGAGGACUCCAAGUGCUAAGAAGGCCGAGAGAGAGAAAAGAGUGCGAACUCUUAUGUCAAUGCGGUAAUUGAUCAUCUUCUGGUGAUAGGUCCACAAUAUUCUACGGUAAACAAAACAGCAGGAAGACAGUCACUCUCUUUAGUGACAUCCUGUGCAGUGAGAUUGAUCAUCCUCUGGUGAUAUCCCUGUGCUUUGAGAUUGAUCAUCUUCUGGUGAUAUCUUUUCAGAGUCUUGGAACUUUUAGUGGCAGGGGGCUCUUAGAUUUCAAUUUGCCAGUGCAACAUUGCUGCUGGGCAAUCUUGUACCCUUGUUCCCUUCAUUCUCAUGAAGAUUUUAUUGAUCCUUCAUUCUUUUGAAGGUGUGUAGGAUAGACAAGUGCUACGUAUUGUUUUGACUGAUGUACAUAGGAUACAAAAUCAGGUAAAGUACUUCUGUCUUUUGCGUAUGAUCUAUUGCUUCCUAGUGUGAUAAUGAAAUAAUAGAUCUGAACCAGUUGAAUUUGA